UUUUAUAGUUUCGCGCGCGAGGAAUCUAUAAAGGAAUCGUAUGUAGACAAGCUUUCGCAAUGGAUGAUCGAUCGGGGGGGGGUCUGGGUUCAAAGGUCUGCGCAUGCGCGUUGAGGGUCUCUUCGGACCGGGCCCCGCUCAGGCUGCGAGAAUGUUGAUGCCCAAGAAGGACCGUGUGGCCAUCUACGAGCUCCUCUUCAAGGAGGGAGUGAUGGUGGCCAAGAAGGACGUGCACCUCGCCAAGCACCCCGAGCUGGCCGAGAAGAACGUGCCCAACCUGCACGUCAUGAAGGCCAUGCAGUCCCUGAAGUCGCGCGGCUUCGUGAAGGAGCAGUUUGCAUGGCGCCACUUCUACUGGUACCUGACCAACGAGGGCAUCCAGUACCUGCGCGACUUCCUGCACCUGCCGCCCGAGAUCGUCCCCGCCACGCUGCGCCGCCAGAUCCGGCCGGAGACGGCGCGACCACGGCCCAAGGGCCUGGGAGAGGACCGUCCCGCCCGUCUGGGCCGUGGGGAGGGCGACCGCGAUACCUACAGACGCGCUGGGCCCCCUGGCGCUGACAAGAAGGCUGAAGCUGGGGCUGGCGCCAAUUCGGACUUCCAGUUCAGAGGAGGCUUCGGCAGGGGGAGAGGAGGACAGCAGCAGUGAUUGGUCCGGCGCACGCUCUUCACAGCACGUCGCGUUAAUAAAUGAUUCCCUUGUGAA